GUAACAUACUCUUCGAUACGCCAUCCCGCCUCGAAUCCUGCCGAAAGAGUUAUGAAAGAGUUAGGCCGACUCUUCCGUACGUACUGUCACGAGAAACAUGCAGGUUGGGCCCAUCAUAUAAACAAUAUAGAGGACUUGUUUAACAAAAUCCCACACCUAAGUACGAGGUACAGUCCAUAUGAAAUAAUCUUUGGUCAUAAACCCAACUACCAGCUAGACCAUUUAACGCAAAAGUAUUUACCGUCUAAACAACCACAAAAUAAAGAAGAUAUGUAUAAAAACGUUCGAGACAACCUACAACAAAACGCGGUACAACGUAGUAAACAAACAAAAGGCCAAGACGAGUUAAACAUAGACGAUUGGGUAUUAUUAAGAACAAACCCAAUUUCAGAGGCAGCAAGUAAGUUUAUCGCAAAGUUCGCGCCACUGUAUGACGGUCCGUUUAAAGUCAUCGCAAAACCGCAUCCUAAAGCCGGAUUUAUAGUUCUUAAAAGUAGGAGUAGCAGUAGCAGUAAGCAAGUGUUGCCAAUAUAAUAAUAUAAAUGCUGCAAUGUGAUUGGCUGGAGUAGCGUUCAGUAGCAACCAAGGUCGUUGGCGUAAGAGAUGACCAAGUUUUAACUUUUCUUACUUCUACUCCUACUCCAGCCAAUCACAUUGCAGACAUUUAUGAAGACAUUUAUGUUGGCAGCACACAGUUGGUACUUUAAUCCCUACUUAGCGUCUUGUUUUUGUUUUUUAUUUUGUUUAUCUAAGUUUAGUUUGGUUUUUUUAAGUUAAAGUGUUUGUUAAAGUGUUUUGUUAAUAUAAUGGAUAUAGGAUUAUUUAUAUUAUUAAUCCAAUCAUUUCCGCAUUUGUGGAACCUAAGAAACAAAGACUUUAAAAAUGCGGAAAUGAAGGAGCAAAGUUGGCUUCAGUUGGCGGCGACCAUGGAAUGCACUGUUGCUGAAUGUCAAAAGCAAUGGAAGAGCCUAAGGGACCGCUACUCAAAAGAGAAGCGAGCUCUACCCUCAGGCUCUGGUAGUGGUGGGUCCAAGUGGGAAUUUUUUAAAGCCCUAGCCUUUUAUGACAGCUGCUUGGUUCCCAGAAAGAGGACGUCAACAACAAAAAGAUUGCCUGCAGAGGUGAAAGAGUCCUCUACAAGCAAGGAGUCCAUUGAGGGGAGCCCUUGGAGCUCUCUCCAGCAAAUGAUACCAGCUGAGGAGUCUUUAUUCGAGGUCAAUGAGGAGUAUGAGGAAGAAUCAUUUAGCCAAGAUGAGCCUCUCUAUGAGUCGCAGCCACAAUCAAUGCCUGCUACCUCUGCGUCCCUGAUGGCUGUAAUGCCCUCUACAUCCAGGACAUCAACCUCCAGGAUAUCUACUCCCUCGACCUCUGGGGCAGCAACCCCCUCAACUUCUGGUACAGCCACCCCCUUGACCUCUGGAACAGCAACCCCCUCGACCUCCAGGACAGCAGCCCCUGUGACCCAAAGUGGAAGAGGAAAAAAACGCAAGGCUGCCCCGGAAGUAACCGAGUUUAUGGACAUUGCUCGGAAUCUUUCAAGCCGCGUCGAUAACUAUGUGGAGCAGCGGCCUGGUGGGGUGAAUACUACAGUAACCAGCUAUAUAAGGGAGGUCCUGGAUUUGUUGGAUGCAAACAGAGCUCGUAGCUUGAGGAGGGCCUUGCUGCAAAUGGUGCAUGAGGCAGAUGAUGAUUAUAUGGAGGAGAUGAUGGCCAAAAAAAAUAAAUAGUUUAUUUAUUUGUUUACUUGUAUUUCUAAGUAUAUAUAGAAAUAUAUAUAGAAUACAAAUAAACAAGUAAAUAAGGGAAAUUCAAAUAUAUAUAUAUAUAUAUAUAUAUA